CUUCUGCGUCUGUCAUUCCCCUGAUAACAUCUACGAGAGUGUAUUUGUGCCUGGUGAGAUGUCCAGAAGUCCGGAAAAGUCUCUGAAUCAGCGAGAAAAGUUCCAAGAGGUCUGCAAUGCCAUCCGAAGUGAUCCAGAAGCUUCAGAUCUCAGAGUGUCUCUGUUUUCUGUGGCUUCCAGCAGAAGCUAUCAUCAGGGAAUGGGUUUGAGACCCAUUCCACCGAAUCUCUCUCUCACUGACGACGUGGACCUCGAGGGACUGCAGCAUCUCCUCCUGAAAAUCCCUGCCCUGGAAGAUUUGCUGAACACAAAGGCAGAAGAGAUGGAAGCUGAAAUUGUGGAUUUUCUCCACUGGCUUUUGGUGCAAUUGACAGAUCCGCAGGUGACACGAGUGAAGCCAAUCGAUGCCAGGGAUGUUCUGCAGAGAUUCAAGUGGGACAGGAGGGAACUGCGACCCAGUCAUGUAUUUAAAGUGGAUUACAAUCCGGAAUCGAGUACGGAGAAGAAGUUUCAGGAGCAUGCUAGAGAAUUCCCGACGAAUUAUGCCUUUCAUGGCUCCAAGGCUCACAAUUUCCACUCAAUCCUCAACUUUGGACUUGCCCAGCAUCUAAAUAAGCGAUCUGCAUUCGGUGAAGGACUCUACAUUGCAACGGAUUUGUCUGUUUCUAUUACUUACAGUCCCUCAGAGUCCAAUUGGAUGCAUUCCCAGCUCGGGAAGAGGAUUUCUUGUGUUGCCCUCUGUGAAUAUGUGGAACAUCCUGUGCAUCUAUCCUGCCGGGAAAUGAACAAAAAAUCCGAUGUGCCCAAGAAUACAUUGGUCGUCAGCAACAAUGAGAUCAUUAGAGUACGAUAUCUACUUCUGUAUGGAAGCUCCUUGCCACGGAAAACACUUCAAACUCCUGAAAAAUCAAUCAUCGGCUGGAUGAGGAAUCACAAGGCCACUCUUUUGAUCAUCAGCUACGCUUUUAUCCUAUUGGCUGUCAAUUUUACCACUUCCAGCACUUCCUGGUGGACUUCCCUCCAGAACAUCAUGAAGAGAUUCCUGCCCAGUUGCUGCCAGUAGAAUUAACUCUAAACAUAUUUUAUUCAAUAUCAAAUCUGGCUGUGAAUAAAACUUCUUUCCUUUUA